AUGACUGGCUCCUUCAAUCCUAUUCACCCGUUGCAUUUGCAAAACCUUCAAUGCGUCAAAGAUUACCUCGAAACUGAACAUCAACCUGCAUGGAAUGUUCUUGCAGGAUAUAUAUCACCAACACAUGAUGAAUAUGUGCAUUCAAAAUUGCGUGAUCCCGCAUGGAUCCCAGCACGAGAUCGAUGCCAACUUUGCGAAGAGGCAAUUGACGAUGUUACAAUUAAUCAUCAAGAGCAAAAACUUCCAUCAUGGGUGUCAGUUACGAGAGGAGAAAGUGAAUGGGCUGAUGGUUUUGUAGAUUUUGCACCUGUUACCGAAAAUUUUCGUGACUUUCUCAAUGACACUCUUGUUGAGCAAGAGAAGGUUCUCAAGUAUCGAUUAUCUGUCAUCUAUGUUUGCGGAUUAGAUCAUUUUAACAAAUGCUCUGAUGUCCGAAAGAUGGCCGAAUUAGACAAUAUUAUCCCUGCAGUUGUCUUUCGUAGUGGCAAUGAUGAGCAAAUGAUUAGCCGUUCAUGCAAAUCAUCUAGGGUCAUCUAUAUUCCCUUAACAAAACAGAGGGAGAAAUCUCUCGAUGUCAGUUCGACUCAAAUUCGAGAACAUUUUCAAAAUCCAAGCGCAAAAUUUAUUAUUCCUGGUCAUAGAAGUUUGAAUUUUGGUUUCCGGAGUAGAGCAAACAUUUCUGCAUCGAAUGAUGUAUUGUUCAUUGAAAUACGAUGA